AUGGAAGAUAAUAAAAAACCAGCACGCGCUACAGCAAUUAUAUUUUCGAUGUUGAAUCCAGCAACAAAUUCUUAUGAUACUGUUGGUAAAGUUGUUUUAGUUGCUGCUAAAAUUAAAGGUCAAUUAUCAAUUUUAGCGAUAAAUAAUGGUAAACCUUUCUUUAUGAUACCUGUAACACCAGAAGUGCAAUGGGAAAUUCAAAAUAAUGUAUAUUGUUCUUAUGUUGAUUCAAAUAAUCGAAGAUGUUUAAUGCAAUUUCCGAAUGUUAUAGAGGCUAGAGCUUUCUCUGCCAUUGCCCUAUCUCAAAAACUUGACCAUGGAGCUAAAACUGUCUGUCUAACUCGUGGAACUGGAUCAGAAUCAAAACUUACUGAUUCUAUUGUUGUUAACUACAAAGCUUAUGAUUGUCUGAUGUCCGAAAUAUCAGAACCUAUCCGUGAAGAAGAGAAUUUCCAAAUUUUACCCAACGAAGACUCUCCAUUUCGUCCUUUAGCAGGGCAACCAGCUGGAUCUGUAUUUGCGGUCUCUUAUGCACCUGGAGUUGUCGCAAUUGCAGAAAUAGUCGAUCCUUUUGCAUCAACAGCUUCUCUUCCGAUGACAUCAAAUAUGCCAUCAGUUUCUUCAGCAAAUUCCACUCCGCAAUCAUCCAAAACCGAUAAAAGCCGUAAAAAGAACAAAAACAAAUCAAAUUCGAAAGCAAAAACUAAUCCGAAAUCUGAUGAUGGAAUUUCUAAACAAAUUCCAAAGCAAGAAGAUCAGAAAUUCGAUGAUCUACUAGAAGAUAUCAUGAAAGAGAUGAAAACAUUAUUCGAUCGUACAGAAUCAGAAGUUUCUGGCAUUCAUAAUGCAGAUCUUCUCAGUUCUUCAUUAGAACCAUCCACAGACACUCUCAUUGCAUCCCUACAAAGACUACAAUGUCAGAACAUGAAGAGGAGUGCCAUUUUGGAAGAAAGAAACCUUUUAAUUUCAACUUUAAACAGCAGGGAGGUUGAUACUUCAGAAGUCGACAAAAUCAGACGCCAAAUUGGUGAAUAUUCAACACAGUUGUCGGCGAAGAAGGAUCAGAACAAGAAACUCGAAAAAGCCAUCGAACAAUUAACAAAUGAAAUUAAUGAUGCGAACAACAGACUCGUACAAGCCCAGAUUGAUGCGGAAGUCGCCGUAAAGACAAUGGAAAGUAAUAAAUCAAUCCAGAGACUCGAAAUGGAGUCAAAAAUCGAAGAUCUUAAAUGGAAUUUACAAAAUGAGAAAGAUGAUGUCGAAAGUCUCAAGAAAGAACUCAUGGAACAACAAAAUGAGCAAAGAAGGAUACUAGCUGCAAAAGAAGAAGAUUAUACCGAUGAAUUAAACCAGAUGAAAAAACAAUUGGAACAAGGGAAAGCAGCAAUCAAAGAAAAAUUUGUCAAAGCUGUCAUUGGUGCUGUGAAUCAAGGAAUGAAGGCAAAUGGAGAGUUUCCAACGCAAAAUGUGAUCCGAAUUCUCGAACAAGCUAUGAUGAACCAAUAUAAUAACCAAUUUAACCCUCAGAAUGACGACGAUGAUGAAGAGGAUGAUUAUGAUGAAGAGGAAGAAGAAUAA